AAUGAAGAAAGUCAAAGGAGGAGACUUUAAUUUUGCUUCAAGAGCAUAAAAGAUAGAUAAACUUGAAUUUCCAUAAUCUACUGAAGAGCGUUUCAUUGUUAAAGCCAAUAAAGAUGUAUUUAUAAUUAUUUUUUUAUUUUCUAGGGAGUUGGAUUCUAAUGGAAAACUUAUGAUGAAAAAUUAUUAGCUAGAAGUAUAGAUAAAUAGACUUUUGAUAACACAGUGGGUGAAGCUACUCGUAUUUGUCGAAAUUUAUGGAGAGAAAAAUAAAGAGAAGAACAUAAAGAUCCUACAAAGGCAUAUUAACCACUUCUUUAUGUUUCUGUUUUUUUAAUCCUUUUGGCUUUUGUUUUUCUUUUAGUUUUAAUCUAUGGAAAUAGAGAUAAAUUAGGAUUGCUUUAUGUUGCAGUAUCAAUUCUAUGUUUAGCUGCAUGUAUUUUAUUUAUAUUAUAAAAGUGCUUACUUUAAUUGUUGUUGCUAAGACUUGGAGUUUAGAACCUUAAUUCAUGGAUUUGGAGAAAGAACAGCUAAAUAAAGUGACUGAAUACUUAAACAAUCAGAAUUCAUAAAUUUAUCAAGCCAAAGGAUAUAAAUGGUAGGUUGAACCUAAUCUUUAUUGGAUUGAGUUGGUAGCAAUUUGA